AUGGAAAUGAUUCAAGAACCUGUGAAUCAUUUCCAUGGCGUGCAGACUUUGCGUGGUCGUCUCCCAGGCAACGACCUGGUGUUGUCAUCUUAUCAGACGCCAGAGACAAUGCUGUGUCUGUUGAGUGGCUGUAAUCUGUCAGAGAGAAGCUGUGCAGCUCUGGCCUCAGUUCUCAGCUCCAAGUCCUCUAGUCUGAGAGAGCUGGACCUGAGUAACAACCAGCUGCAGGAUUCAGGAGUGAAGCUGCUCUCUGCUGGACUGGAGAGUCCACACUGCAGACUGGAGACUCUCAGGCUGUCAGGCUGUCUGCUCACACAGGAAGGCUGUGCUUCUCUGGCCUCAGCUCUGAGCUCCAACCCCUCCCAUCUGAGAGAGCUGGACCUGAGCUACAAUCAUCCAGGAGACUCAGGAGAGAAGCUGCUCUCUGCUGGACUGGAGGAUCCAACCUGGAGACUGGAGGCUCUCAGGGUGGACCAUGGUGGAAAGCAGUGGUUGAAACCAGGUCUGAGGAAGUAUUCCUGUGAACUCCAACUGGACAUAAACACAGCUCACAGAAACCUCGUCCUGUCUGAGGACAACAGGAAGGCGACACUGAAAGAGGAGCAGCCAUAUCCUGAUCACCCAGAGAGGUUUGACUUCUGGAAACAGGUCCUGUGUAGAGAUGGUCUGACUGGUCGCUGCUACUGGGAGAUCGAGUGGGAGGGAAGGAUUUAUAUGGGAGUGACUUACAGAGGAAUCAGCAGGAAAGGAAACAGUGAUGACUGUGGACUUGGCAGGAAUGACAAGUCCUGGAGUCUGGCCUGCUAUGAUGGUGGUUUCACUGCCAGACACAGCAGCAGAGAAACAGACAUCCGUGUACCCUCCUCCUCCAACAGAGUGGCAGUGUAUCUGGACUGGCCUGCUGGCUCUCUGUCCUUCUACAGCGUCUCCUCUGACACACUGAUCCACCUCCACACCUUCAACAGCACCUUCACUGAGCCUCUGUACCUGGGGUUUUGGGUUUGGCUUGGCUCCUCAGUGUCUCUGUGUGAGAUUUGAGGAGUGAGAGUUGCCUCCUGUGUGGAAAACACACACACACACACACACACACACACACACACACACACACACACACACACACACACACACACACAUACCACAUGCAGGGAAAUGGUGUCCUGUUGGCAGCAGCAUCACCUGAGCCUCCACCAUGUGAUUUAUCUGCUGCUCCUUGUGGCCUGGUACAUGUCGCUGAAACAUCUACAAAGUUCAAACAGUGAAGCAGUCAACACAAAAGUAGCAUCUGGACGAAUGACAGGAAGAUCCAGUAGCUGUCCACCUCAGUGACUCCAGUCAUAUUUCUAGUCUAGGUUUCAUUGGCAUAGAACAGGUCAGUCUGCCACCUAGAGGCCAAAAUCAUGAACUGCCUCUAAAAAGAGGUGAAGCGUACUGGAUACACACCUUAAAAACUCUGUUCCCACAUGAACGUAAUGAUGAAUUAGUUCUCAAUGUGAGGCUCUGGUUUUCUUCUUUCACUGAAUUGUGUUCAGUCUCUGCCAC